AUGCACGGCAUCGCGGUCGUUUCGAACGCGGUCGCGCCCGCGGCGGGCGCCGGCCGCGCGCGCGCGGACGGAGGCGCCAAACUCGCGCGCGGCGCCUCGGGAACGCCGAGGAAUGUCUCCCCGGCCUGCACCGCGAGGAAGGACUCGGUGGCGCUCGGUGACCGACGCUUCUUCGGGAAGGCGCGCGCUCUCCGAACGGUUAGCGUCGGUCCCACAAACUCCGGCAGGGCAUCCCGCAACCUCACGACGCGCGCGAUGGGCGGCAGGGUGGACACGAAGUCGGACCCGUGGUGGACGAAGAACAACGCGUCCAACAUGACGGAGGCGCACUCCAUGGAUGAGCUCCUCCAGGUGCUUCAGGCGAACGCGGACAAGCUCGUGGUGGUUGACUAUUACGCUCGCUGGUGCGCGGCGUGCAGGGCGCUGCAUCCCAAGCUCUGCAAGAUCGCCGAGGAGAACGCGCACGACGUCGUGGUCGUCAAGAUUGAGUUCGACGAUAACAAGGACCUCUGCCGCGGCAUGGGCGUCAGGGUGCUCCCUUUUUUCCAGCUGUACAGGGGCGCGAGGGGAAAGGUGUCCGCGUUUUCCGCGUCAAUCUCCAAGGUUGCCAGGAUCAGGGAGGGCAUCGCGGAGCACAGGCCGGGCGGCGCCUACGACACGGACCCGGACGCCGGCGCGGGAUGGCCCGUCGCGGAGAAGAGCGGGAGCGAGGACGAGGAGCCCGCGGGUGAGCGCGAGCCGGCGCCCGCGCGAUGA